GGCGACAGCUGCUGCUGCCGCCGCGCCGGGAGCCGCUCCUCCCGCCGCGCCGCUUCCGGCCCCGCUCACCGCCACCGCCAUGGCGACGGGCGCCAGGAAGGCCGUGUACCCGCUGUUCCAGCUGGGCGGCCCGCAGCUGCGGAUCUUCCGGCCCAACUUCUUCAUGCUGGCGGUGCGGCCCGGCGUGCCGCAGCCCGAGGACACCGUCCAGUUCCGCGUCUCCAUGGAAAUGACAAAAGUGGAUAUCAAGAAUUACCUUGAAAAAAUAUACAAUGUGCCAGUAGCUGCUGUGAGGACAAGGAUACAGUAUGGUGCAAACAACAAGAGGAAUCACAAGAAUCAGAGAGUGAAGAAGCCAGAUUACAAGGUCGCCUAUGUACAGCUGGUGGAAGUGUUGCUCUUUCCAGCGUGGCUUGGUGGCAGCCGCCGUGUCGUUUACCUGAAUGAAACUGGAUUGACAUUUUCAGCUCAAUAUUUGACUUUCACCAGCCUUGAAAUGGGAACUGUGAGCACUUUGAUAAACAGCUGAAAGGUUUGUCUGGUUUUGCUACGGCCUCUGUGCGUAUCUUUUUUUGUUUCCCCUCUUUUUAAAAUAAUAACUGUUUUGCAAUGCUUAGUGAAUUGCCAUGGAUGUUGUUAGUAUGCUUUAGGGACAGCUUUCCAUCGUUCUCCAAUAAGGGAAGUGCAUUGGUGCUGGAAGCAUACCAGAAUGGAAGUGCUGCAUAACAAGAACAGUCCCUUACUACAGUGUUACCAAUAUAAAUAGUUCUCAAAUUUUCAGUGUAGGUGGUAUGCCUACCAUGUUAGCCUGAAUUGUUUUCUGACUUGUUUAACUAAAAUGGCUUCCUUUUCAGUGCAGACGAGUCCUUAGAAUCAGCCCCAUCGGUUCUAUAGGUACCGUGGGGCUGAGUGACCCGCCUGCAGUGCAGUUAAAACACAGUAAUUUUUUGUAAUAUAAACAAAUUCUUUCCCAAAUGCUUCAGCGUGCUAAAAUCUUGAGCAGUGCUUGGCCUCAAGGGUGCUUGUUGCUGAUUCUACUACAGGAAGAGUUUCAGUAGGCUACAGCUUUGGGAUUGCUCAAGGACAUCUAUAAGGCCAGUUUCUGUGCCUUGGGGUUGAACUAUACUUUAAUUGUUAAAGGACAGCUAUUAUAAGCAUACCUGUUGGCAAUUUAAAGGUACAAAAGAGUUGAAACCCCAGAGUGUACACCGUGGAAAGGAAAAUCUUGAUUUGUUCCAGUUGAUCUUAUCCAGGCUAGAAUCGAGGACAGAGCAAUGUACACAGCAGCUCCCUUGUUGUUUUUAUAGUAUGGUCAGGCUCUUAGGAAACCCCCAAGAAGUAUGCACUACAAAAACAACCGGAGCAUUGCUUAGUAUGAGUUGAUAUUUCCUAGAUUCUAGUCUGGAUAAGCUCAACUGGGAUAAGUCAUACCUU